AGAUGACACAUAUACGUAUUAGUCUACUUUUUUUUUGGGAGAGAUCAGCUGACUUUCGCCACAAAAUUUAUUCAAUAUUCUUACCUGUAAAAUAAAUUGGAAUGUUAUCUAAGCUAAAAAAGCCUCUUAAAUCCAGACUUAAACGGUUUUUUCCCUUUGUGAGAUGGGCCAAGAAGUACUCCAAGCUGGAUUUGGUUUACGACGUGAUCGCGGGUUUAACGGUUGGCAUGACCGUUAUUCCACAAAGCUUAGCCUACGCCACUAUAGCUGGACUCCCUAUCCAAUAUGGCUUGUACUCUUCUUUCAUGGGUCUCUUCAUGUAUUCCAUAUUCGGGACUUCCAAAGAUGUCACUUAUGGACCAACAGCUGUUAUGUCAUUACUGGUCUAUCAAUACACUCAUUUGACGCGUUACGACAAAAUCGACAACAUUAGCCAAAUAACAUCUAUAAACAGCACAACGAAUAUAAGUGUCACCGACUUUAAAGAGAUGAGAAAUAUGUUGCACAUGCAUUACGCUAUCAUUCUAACGUUCGUGAGUGGAAUCAUGCAAGCUGUCAUGGGAUUUGUACAUUUAGGAUUUCUGAUCAGUUUUAUAUCUCACCCCGUUUUGAACGGAUUUACGAACGCUGCCGCUAUUAUCAUAGCCAUCGGACAAAUUAAAAAUAUUCUAGGGAUCAAAGUUGCCAAAAGCCAUUUUUUACUGGAAACCAUUCACACUUUCAGGGAUAUCGGGAAGACGAACCCUUGGGAUUGCGCUUUGGGAAUAUGCAGCUUGAUCCUUUUGCUCAUCAUGAAGAAAUUAAAUAGGAGUCAAUGGUUAGAGCGAAAACUUUUCAGUGCUAAUGGGAAUAACUCCUCCAACGAUUCCAAUCGAUACGCCAAUAAGUUAUGGCAAAUUCUCAAGAUAUUGAUUCAUAAAUCGGUCUGGCUUUUGUUGACAGGUAGGAAUGCCGCAGUGAUAGCCCUUUCAGCCAUAGUAGCCUAUUGGCUUAAUCAAACGGAUCGCAAGGUCAAUCUGACCCCGUCUGUUCAAGGAGGACUCCCGCCCUGGACCUUCCCCCCUCGUUUUAACUUUCGCUACGAUGGGACUUCCUUGAACGCUUCUUCGAAUAAUAUUUCUUCUAACACCAUAUUCGUUAGCGCCAAGGAAGUCUUUCAGGAUAUCAGUUUCGGCUUUCUAACCAUAUCGCUCAUUGGUAUAUUGGAAAGUUUAGCCAUAGCCAAAUCUUUCGCCAGGAAACAUAAGUAUACCAUAGAUCCAACUCAGGAAUUCGUGGCCUUAGGAAUCUCAAACGUGAUGAGCUCAUUCGUAUCUUCUUACCCCAUCACCGCCAGUUUUUCCAGGCUCAAUUAUGCCCGGAUCGUUUUCACUAAUAGAGUAUCUACUCUCUUUGAAUGUAAGACCGUUUGGCCUUCAAUAACCGCUAUAAAUUCUCAAACUGGCGUCAGGACCCAAGCUGGAGGAAUUUUCACAGGUCUAUUGGUGCUACUAGCCUUAAGGUAUCUAACAAGCUAUUUCAGAUUCAUACCCAAGGCAUCCUUAGCCGCUAUGAUCAUAUCGGCCGUGUUAAAUUUGAUCGAAUACAAAAUAUUCGUCAAAAUUUGGAAAGUCAAAAAAAUGGAUUUUGUGGUCGCUAUUACUACGUUGAUAGCUUGCUUCUUUGUGGGAGUCGAAUUUGGCAUCAUACUCGGGAUCGUUUUAGCCAUGGCUUUCCUAGUUUAUCCCAUCUCCAAACCACAUUUAUAUAUUGAAUUAGAUGAAAAUGAUGCCAAUGGCCUCAAAUAUUACAUUAUAAAACCGAAUCAAUCACUUUUCUACCCUAGCGGUGAAUAUUUCACGGAGACUUUAAUCUCGGAAUGCUUGCUGGAACCAUUAUUGGAACAAGAAGAGGAUGAACCCAGUGAGACUAACGGUUUUAUCAGUGAAAUCAAAGCUAACGGCACUAUCGGUUCCUCCAUUCCCACCAAGAACAAAAAAUUAUCCAAAAUAUUGGCCGACGUGAUCAUCGAUUGUUCUCACAUACAAGAUUUCGAUUUUACCAUUAUCCAAGAGCUCAAAGAAUUGAACAAAGAGUUUAAAGCCAUGAACAAACAACUUGUCUUAUGCAAUAUCAAUGAAAUAUUGGGAGCAAACAUUAUGGAUAAUCUCAAAGACAUCAAAACGUUUAAGUCAUUGAACGACGCUAAGUUAUAUUUUUCAGAAAUAAUAGCUCCCAGUAGUAUGCCUUUGCUGGUUGUGCGAAAGGAAUGUGAUAACGCUAACUUAUGUUAGCAAACGAUUUUGCCCACAAGAUAUAUAUAUAUAUAUAACCAACUUCUAGUCAAUCCCAAAUUAUUUAUUAUUAGAAUUUUAUUAUAAUUUGUAAAAAAAAAUUUUUAUUCCUAAUUUCAUCUUCUUUUCAUUUCCUUUAAAAAAUGGAGAGAAAUUUUUUUUUUAUUUUUUCAUUUACCAAUAUUUAAUAUAUUAUUGUAUGAAGAUAUGUUAAUAAAUUUUGUCAUAUAGAUAUUAA